AUGAAAGGAGAGGAGGAGAGGAGACGAGAAGGAGACGAGAAGGAGGUUGAUAGAAAACUGGGGCCGUGGAGGUGGGAGAUGGCGCUGGGUUACCGACGAACCUUUGCAGGCUUUUGCACCCGCAGACAACCAAUCGAACAACCAAACGAUCUUGGGUCUUAUCACCACCGGCGGCCCCCCCGGCAAUUGGCCAAUCCAACGGCCCUAAUGGGGGCUAAACAGUCGAACCCCAAGCUUGGAAAACCCACGUCCCCAGAGGAGGUUUUCUUAUUCGUUGUUGUUUUUCCUGAUUUGGUAGAAAUCUGCUGCUUCCGCGAGUUUACCCACCCGUUGACAGCAGUCACUCAUCACAGUGAUGACAGCCUUUACAGGGAGGAGCCAAAGGGUGUGGUGGGUGGGGUGAGGGAAUCAACCUGAGUUUUGAGGGUUCAAGAUGUUCGUUCGCUCUGCAUCCUAGCGUCAGCCAUCGAUGGGUUGGGGGAACUUGGGGAUGCACCAGUGAAGUUGUCAGCCAGCCCUCCCUGUAUGCAACAUAGUGUCAAACCUGGUUGUGCUGGAUGCCAGUAGGUAUGUACUGUACAUACAUGUAGGAACAAGGGUGAACUGCUGCUCUGAUGCCUUCGUUUUUCAGAGUCCAAUGAAUGUGCGAUGUGCUUGAGCACUUCGAUAUUUAGAAAAUCCCGUAUAGGUAUAGAUAUAUUCACCAUGAUGUGCGUAGUGCUUUUCAGGCAGUUAGUUAAUAGUUAAUCUGAACUUUUGUCUCACCUUGCUCUUAUAUAUUCUA